GAUAUUUUAGUCUAACGGGUGUUUCAGCGGUGGUUCGUUUUAUGUAGUAACGUGAUGUAUUUUCACUUCGCGUGAUCAUUUACGGUUAUUUAUUAAAAUUCGCCAUCAUAAUUAAGUAGUGUUGCACUUGACGAUAUGGCGUUUGAUCAGUAAUGUUAUUGUAUGCAGCAGGACUGAUUUUUCAAAUAAGUCUGUUGCAAUCUCUAGGUUCUGGAGCCAAUGUAACCGGUCCGGAAAACAUUACAAUAACUUUUUUAAACGUAUCAUCAGUCCAGAUCAGUUGGUCAGUGGAUCUAAAACAAAUCGAAAGAUAUGACAUAAUGUACAAACCUACCGAAGCCAAUUACAGAGUUGUUGCAGUCGUUGCUGCCAAUUCGAAUUCAGUAACUUUAAAUAACCUAUUAUCAAACACACAAUAUCAAAUGUCAGUCACAGCCAUCCGAGAUGGAAAAAAAUACAGAAGUAGACCGAUCGUAUUCCGAACUUUAGAAAGUGGCGCCGUAGUUACCGACUUAAUCACAAACACGGAUAACGAAACUGCUUCUGGAAAUGUAAUUACGCUUAGAACACCAGAUAUUAUAGCCGGUACAGGAAAUACGAUUUCACCUAGUGCUCCUGUACCACCGCCCCCUCCUUAUGGACCUUCCAAUCCGCAGCAAGCUUACAUACAGGUACGAGGCAUCGAAGUGACCAUUGUCAUCCUCGUGCUGAUGGUAUGGGUCGGAGCGAUAAUCCUAUUCUUCAACAGAUGGGGGAAAAUUCGCAUGCUAAUUCCAUACCAGCCAGAUUACAAAGAAACACAACUCAAAGUACCUGGCACAGGAGCUUGCUCCAGUUCAAAUACAUGUCAAAAUCAAAACGGUUCCGGUCUGUGCUGUUCGCAGCGCACUCAUCAACAAAGCUUUAAAUCAACGCGAUUUCAUAGUGAAAGAUCCUACCUGGACGACGUUCCUGGUAAAAGGACACGAUUUCAAUCAGCUUCAUGCAUCUCACGAGAACACCAAUACAUGAAACUGGGCGGAAGUGGACCGGUACGAAAGACGAAAAGUGCCGACUACAUUCCAACCCAUUAUCAAAAGCUGGAAAAUCCCAAAACCAGAAAAAAACUACCAACUGUUUCAAUUAGCAUAGCGUCCGAUUCUGAUAAUGGUAAUGAAGAUAGUUCGUAGGGAAGAGUGGGUCUCCUUCAGAAUGCUAGAUAGGUUACCCAUUUUACAUCUCUUCGAUGCAUUUUGCCUUCUUUUUUGGUUUCGUUAUCGAUAUUUUAACAUUGAUGUAUCCUUCAAUUACCAAAUAUGUUUCAUUUCUUCAUUGAAAUUGUGAUUUGUCGUUGCCUAGAAUAUUAUUAUACUUAUUCGAUAAAAAUCUCACGUACUUUUCUUCUUUACCUACUGCCAAAAUUUUCAUUAGUAAGGACAAAUUUAAUCAGUAUCUUCUUUUCGGCUUGAUUUUUUUUCGUAAUUUCGUCCGCAUAAAUAAUCCUCUUCCCCUAUAUUGAUGAUUCUCGAUAAAUCGUAUAGGUAGUCCGAGAUGCAAUUUUGCUGAGCUGGUGAAAAUAGACAUCUGCCUAUACCUACCCAUAGUAUACAAUUAUCCACUUUAAAAUGUACCAAAAAAUGUUGAAAGCAUUGUAUCUCAGCAAAAUAGUAGUUAAAUUAAAAUUAUGGCACUUUUUUUUUUAAUUUAUCAUACGCAUAAUUAAUUUUAUUACAUUUUAUCGAAAUAUUUACAAAUAAGAAGACUGAUUUUAAGGUGUAAGUUUUUAAAUAAGGUAUUUUAUCUAUCUACGUAUUUAUUUUUUUAUAAGGUGAUUAGGUGAAAAUUGAUUAGACAAGUUACCUUUUAAUAUCACAAAAUCAAUUCGUCUACUUGAUGAAAAAAUUAGAGGUCCACCCACUCUUCCAUAUCUUCAUUAACUCUAUAGCUAAUAGUAUACCUAUUUUUUUAAUCUACUUUCCAAAUCUUUUGAAAUUUAAACCCAUAGUGUGUAUUUUAUAAUAGAUAAGAUGAAAUGUCACUUAGUAAUUUUCAAAUGAAAUUGCAGAUUCAUAUCUAUAAUAACAAACAUAUCUGAAAAUAUUCUUCGUCAAUUCUAAUUGUAUUCAUUUUAUCGCUUUUAUCAAACGCCUACAGUGUUUUUCGAAAGCUUUUUUUUUUUCUUUGUAAAAUGGGAUAUAAAAUAAUGAAUUCACGUAAUAUCAUUUUUUUCCUGAAUAUUUACAUAAUAAUAUCUGUUCUUUGCUGUAUUGCCAAUAUACUUUAAUUACGUUUCUGUCAACGUAGAUUUUAUACAUUUGAAUAGUUUGAAAGCUCUUAGUGAAAAAUCAUAUUUUUUACACGUAGUUAUAAAUAGCACUUUGUGUAAAGUACACGUGUAAAAUAAUUUCUCGAUUGUUAAAACACUAAUAGUGUUAUUUUACAUAGAUAGGUCUAUAGUAGAUAUUUUUCGAAUUAGAAUAGAUACCUAACAGAAAAUUAGUUCCUAAUUCACGUCGCAUGAAUUUGAACAAACUUUUUAGUUUUUUUUUUUUACUUAUUCAAUAAAAAACAAAAAGAAAAUCGUGGUCAAUCUGUUUGCUCGAGUUAAACUCUCUGGAUUUUUGAAAAAUUGGUUUAAAAAAAAUUGAUUUAAUUCAAAGAGAAAAAUUAUCUUACAUAAAUUAAUGCAUAGGUACAUUACAUACCCUUCGUCACCAACUGAUGAAAUAGAUUCAUAUUCGGUUUUCUAAUCGUAUAAAGAAACUUAUGGUAUUUUUUCACGUGGGAUGUACUUAUGUAAGUAUAAAUACCUAUUUGUACAAUAUCGAUUCACUAUAGAUACCUACCUACCUUAUUAAAUAUUUACCUUUUUCAUAGGAAUAUUUUAAUACAGAAGAACAAUUACGAAUAGGUUAAUUCAUUUUUAUUUAAUACAACGACAAUGUACCUAUUCAAAAUUAUUUGUUCAUCGUGUCGAUUAAUCCUAAAUUAAGAGGAUUUCGUAAUCCAUUUCCAUGGCUGGAUAAUCCAAAUGCAUUUUCUCUUUUUUUCCCAAUCAACUGGGAUAAAAUAAAACUCGUUCGUAAUUGUGUUUCAAUUUCAAGAGCUUAAGUACCUAUUUUAAAAUUGAAUAAAAUAAUAUACUUGUACCUAUACAUACAACUAUAGCCUAUUGGUCCAGAGAAAUUAGCAGAAAAAUCGGGAUAAUGAGGAAUUUUUUGGUGGCAAAGCUGAUUUUUGGUAUACAGAUCCAUUUUGAUGUCCCGAGAAACGAAUCCGAGUUCCCACGAUUGUGGACUUUAGCCCCCUCACAAUCGUUUUUUGGCCAAAAUCUUGCAAAAUAUUAAUCCUAGCGCAAAAGUGACUCCGAAAUAAAUUUUACAAUGAAUUUUCUACCCAUACCUCUCCCACCCCACAACAAAAAUUCUUCAUAGAAUGCUAAUUUCCUAGGACUAUAGUACAUAUUAAUUCGCCUACCUAUUAUUUAUUUCUUGGUUUAUUUUACCUACUUAAUCGAUUGUGGUGUGAAUUAUCUACCUACCUAUGUAAAAAUACCUAAUAAAAAUGAUCCGUUCGAUUUUUGUUCAUCAAGUAAAACUUAAAAAAUAAUAAUAAUGAAAGCGUCAACUUGAAGUUGCGAGUACUUGAGUAUUAAUGAUAUUUUGUAAUCUAUUAUAGAUUACCUAUAAAAAUAUAAUUAUUAUAUUACCCUAAGCGUAUCUUCUUUUUUUUCUGUUAUCAUUGUUAUAUACACACUUCUGUUAUAAUUUUCUAUUUUAAAUUUCUAAAUUUUUAUUAAUAAAGUCUAUUGAUGAGAA